CUUGGUGGCAUACAGUUGGACAAGGAGUUGCGCUUUCUUCUUAGCUACUUAACUUCCAUCUCUUCAUCACCACUUCGAGACUAUUUCACAAGGCUUUUGCAAAUUAGCACAUUGCUCAAUUUGGAUAAGGUUGAUGAAGUAACUUUCUACUGGACGAACUCUUCUUGGCGCUUGAAUGCCAACGAGGUAAAGCGCAUCCUUUCACUUAGGGUCGACUUUAUGGUCAAUGAUAUCCGACGCUUACAACUUUAA